UCCCCUCCGGUGAACUCACCACCUACAAGUUUGACAGCUCAGCUCUUCUACUGCUCACACACACACACAUACACACACACACACACACACUCAGCAGGAGCAGCAGCAGACACACACACACAGCACUGGACUCUCCUCCUUAUUCCUCCCUUUAUUUAUAUUGUUCUCAUUUUUUUGUUGGACUAUGUGCGUUUUGCGUCUCCUGCUGGACGUGAGGGAUUUCAUGUGUCCGUAGGUUCGGUCACUUCUCCUCCUUUUUUGGAUCUUUUCUUUUUGUCCUUUUUGUUUGGCGUUGGUGAGGUGUGAGUGUGUGUGUGAGUGAGUGUGUGUGUGAGUGAGUGUGUGUGUGAGUGAGUGUGUGUGUGUUUCCUUCUUGUGGCUCCGGCGUCGUGAGGGAUCUAAACAUGUCGAAGAACGCGGAGGAGGUGAACAAGCUCACUGAAGGCACAUACAAGACUGUGAUGGAUCAGUUCAAUCCAGGCCUGAGGAACCUGGUCAACGUCGGCAAGAACUAUGAGAAAUCAGUGGCUGCAAUGAUCCUGGCGGGAAAGUUGUAUUUUGAUGCAAUGUCUAAGAUUGGGGAGAACGCUGCAGUGUCUCCUGUCUCCAGAGAAUUAGGUGUUGUGCUGAUGGAAAUCUCCGAGGUCCACAGGAAGGUUCAUCUCGAGCUGGAGGAGAAUUUCAAGAGGUUCCACAGGGAGAUAAUAACCGAGCUGGAGAGAAAGACGGAAAUGGACGUCAAAUACAUCACAGCCACAUUCAAGAGGUAUCAGAUGGAGCACAAGAUGAAGCAGGACUCUCUGGAGAGGUCCCAGUCUGAACUGAAGAAGCUGAGAAGAAAGAGCCAAGGCAAGAACGCCAACAAGUACGAGAACAGGGAGAGCGAGUGCCUGGAAACGUUGAUGAGCCGUCAGAUGGACAUGCAGUUGUACGUUGCAGACGGCUGCAAGGAGGCCAUGCUGGAGGAGAAGAGACGCUUCUGUUUCCUGGUGGACAAACACUGUAUGUUCUCCUACCAGACCGCCUCCUUCCACGACAAGGCCAGAGACAUACUGACGGCGAAGCUGAGCACUUGGCAGGACCAGUGCAACGACGCCACCGACAUGCCCGAGAGCAUCUUGUCGAUGAUCGAGGGGCUGCGGACGCCCGUCUCCAUCACGCCGAUGCCCUCUCCCUCCCCGUCACAGCGCAGCUUGAACAUUAUGGCCCCUGUGGCUCCACCUCUGAAGCCUCAGAUCAGCCCGCUGGCCAACAUGUUCACGCAGGAGAAAAAAACUUCGCCGGUAUCCACCAUCACCAACAACAGCAGCAUAGAUCAUGUGAACAUUGAGGAGAACUAUCUCGCCAGGUCUGUGUCCAUGGGGGCGGGCCUCAACAAUGUCGUGAAGAGGCCUCGCGUGCGCACCAUCUUCCCUCACACCGCCGGCAACAACAGCACGCUGCUCAGCUUUGACGAGGGGGACGUCAUCGUCCUGCUCAUUCCCGAGGAGAAAGACGGGUGGAUGUACGGUGAACUGGAGAAGAGCGGAAAGAGGGGCUGGUUCCCUUCAUCUUACUGCCAGGCACUCUCUGAGCCACUCAUGAAUAACAACAGCGUGUCUGCUGCACCGUUCCGCAGUAGAAGUGUGGUCAACCUGCACCACCAGGACACGGAGACGGACGAGGCGACCAUGGUGCUCCCCCCGGCAGACUACUGCGACAGCUCGCAGCGUAACGCCGUCAAGGACGGCUCCUUGUCCAGCGGCGCCGUCACCACGAAUAACAUCCACAAGCACUCCCCCACGCCCUCCGCAGCCUCCUCCUCCUCGUCCGAUCACAACACGGGAGCCCAGCCGAAUGGCGUCUCGAGACCCCAACCGGCUUUCCUCGCGGGAGGGAACCCGUUCGCCACAGUCAGGCUACGUCCGACCCUCACCAACGACCGCUCCGCACCGGUCAUCUGACCGGUCUCCGCUCCAUCUUUAAGUCCUCCCCAGCCUUCCAUCGUCCUCACACCCAGGACGUGCAGCUCUGCCCUGCCUUCAACUGACCAGCAGCUGUCUCUGGUCCUGGAUGAGACUGGACAGAAGUCGGCCAGCACUGACACAAAGUAAAAAACAUGCCAUCUGAAUGUGGGAUCCCCCCUGACUGCUGCAAACUCUCCUGUGGAAGUAUUUUGGGAGUGUUUUAUUUCCAGAUGCUCAUAUAUUUAAAAUAAUGUCUACUUUUGUCCUUCUGUGUGUGGUGGUGAUAUCUACUUGACCACAUUCUUGCCUGCACUUGAGAGCUAGACGAAUAAAACCGGUCAAAGAAAAAUAUUUACGCCGUUCAUGUUGCUUGUUUAUCGUCGAAACACAACUGUUAGAAAUCCUUUCUGUUGCCAUAGGACAGUAGAAGAAUGUACUUUUUGAGGACCUCUGUGUUUUGGGUCUUUAUGAAAAUGCUGCAACUCUGGGAUUGAUUGUAAAAAGAUGUCGGCCGCUGCAGCGAGGAGAGAAAACUGCAAACAUUUACAGAGAUGCAUCCUGAAGUGAUCUUUAUCCUCAUCUCUCUCUUGUAUAUAACUUUGUACAACAGACAUCGUCGUUUGUCCUUCGCCAUCGAACUUAACUGUAGAGCUAGACGAUCAUGGAGACGGGACUUUUGCCUUAAUGACCCACACGGUACAAACCUGCUGUAAAAUACUAUUUACCUGCUGCACCCUUCAGAUUGUGGACAUGACCUGCGACGUCCUAACAAUCCCAGUGCAGUCGUUUCUGCUUUAAUCAUCACACACGACACAGUCUGUAAAACUCAUCUUCCAUAUUACACCCUUAAUAGAAUGUGCUGUAAGAAAAAUAAAGAUUUAUUUCUUCAGUUUGCUGUUUAGUUCGUCGUGUAUGAGGAUUUAACAUUUCCUCCACCAACGAGGUUGUGUUUUAAUCCGGGUUUGUUUAUUUGUUUGUAAGUAGGAUGACACAAAAACUACUGAAAAGAUUCACAUGACAUUUUGUGGAGGGAUGGGGAAGUGACCCAAGGAAGAACCCGUUACAUUUCUGUGUGAAUCCAGGAAGUUUGUUUUACUUUCAUUUCGUUUUUUUUCAACAUUUUUCAUGGGGAGCAUGACCCAAAGAAGAAUAUAUUUUAACUUUCUUCAACAUUGUGAAGCAUUUUUCAACAUUUUCAUUUUUCUGAGAAUAAUUCAUGGAUUUUGAAGAAGAAAUACCAGGCUUUUUUAGGUUUAGUGGACUCAUAUUUAAGAGUGUGUGCAAUUCAGUGCAUUUAAAUGUGGUUUUAAUGUGAAAUAUGAAUUUAAAUGUGGUUUUAUAAGGAGACUGUUGGGGCUUGGCAGAGGUAUGAGCCACUCUAGUUGUUCUUGUAAUGAAUUCCUUUGUAUGAACAUUAACAACAUAUUUUCAGAAUUUACAGAAGUAAUAUCAAAUCAAGCAAGAAGUCCAAAAAGGGAAGUAGCAUUCAUUUUUUAAUUACAGUAACUGAUAUAUAAAAAGUAAGAACCCUAA